AUGGACUCUAGUGCCAGCCCGGCGGGGACUUCCAGUCCACAGCCUUCACGGGCCAAUGGGAACAUCAACCUGGGGCCUUCAGCCAACCCAAACGCCCGUCCCACUGACUUCGACUUCCUCAGAGUCAUCGGCAAAGGCAACUAUGGGAAGGUCCUCCUGGCCAAGCGCAAGUCCGACGGGAGGUUCUAUGCGGUGAAGGUGCUGCAGAAAAAGUUCAUCCUAAAGAACAAAGAGCAGAACCACAUCAUGGCGGAGCGCAACGUGCUGCUGAAGAACGUGCGGCACCCCUUCCUGGUGGGCCUGCGCUACUCCUUCCAGACCCCCGAGAAGCUCUACUUCGUACUGGACUACGUCAACGGCGGAGAGCUGUUCUUCCACCUGCAGCGGGAGCGCAGGUUCCUGGAGCCGCGGGCCCGGUUCUACGCCGCCGAGGUGGCCAGCGCCAUUGGCUACCUGCACUCCCUCAACAUCAUCUACAGGGACCUGAAACCAGAGAACAUUCUCUUGGACUGCCAGGGACACGUGGUCCUGACAGACUUUGGCCUCUGCAAGGAAUGCGUAGAGCCGGAGGAGACCACGUGCACAUUCUGUGGCACCCCCGAGUACUUGGCUCCAGAGGUGCUUCGUAAGGAGCCCUAUGACCGGGCGGUGGACUGGUGGUGUCUGGGCGCGGUGCUCUACGAGAUGCUGCAUGGCCUGCCACCCUUCUACAGCCGGGACAUAGCCCAGAUGUAUGAGAACAUCCUGAACCAGCCACUUCAGAUCCCCGUGGGCCGGACGGUGGCUGCCUGCGACCUCCUGCAAGCCCUUCUCCACAAGGACCAGAGGCAGCGGCUGGGCUCCAAAGCUGACUUUACGGAGAUCAAGAACCACGUAUUCUUCAGCCCCAUAAACUGGGAUGACUUGUACCACAAGAGGCUGACCCCGCCCUUCAACCCAAACGUGGCAGGACCUGAUGACUUGAAAAACUUUGACCCAGAGUUCACCCAGGAAGCCGUGUCGAAGUCCAUCGGCUGCACUCCCGACACUGUGGCCAGCAGCUUGGGGGCCUCAAGUGCAUUCCAGGGGUUUUCCUAUGUGCCGGAGGAUGAAGCCGUCCUGGAUUGCUAG